AUGGCCAUGAAACUAGCGCUCGCUUGCUGUCUCUUUCUUGGACUGCUUGGGCUCUCGAGUGGAUAUGGGCCUGGAUGGAUGCGUUUAAUAGGGUGGUGGAAAAGGCAUCACCAGGAAAGAAGACUGCCAGAGCAACCAGAUAUACACCAGCCUCUAAAGAAAGAUGGGUUAAACGUGUGCGAAAUGCGAGUACCAGUGGGUAUGUCACAGGAGUGUGUAUUGGAGCAGGGACUCAGGCGACUGAAAUGCAGGUCUGUUACUCACCACAGGACAGACUAUGUUUGCUGUCCGGGCUUUGCUAGAGUGAAAGGCAAACCAGGGUGUCCAGAAGAAUUGUACGUCUCUAAGAUGAACAUUGUUGAAGUUGCCAAGAGCCUGGGACUUAGCGAGUUUGUGAAACUUGUCAAUCUUGCCGAACUAGGGUCCGAGCUCGUCCUGGAUACCAAGUACACUGCAUUCAUCCCCAGCAAUGAAGCAAUCAAAUCUAUCCCCGCCAAGACUCUCGAAGCGUUGGCUGCUGACCCAAAGAAACUUCGUGACGUCUUGCUUUUUCACGUACUCCCUGAGAAAGUCGUUUCAGAGGCCCUCAAGCAUAACAUGCUUCUUAAGACGAUGGAUCCACCAAACGACAUUCGCGUCAACGUCAACGAACGCACACAUCCACAGGUGAAGGUGGUGCAGGGAGCCAAGAUAAUCCAAGCCAACCAGGGCGCCUCUAACGGCAUCAUCCACGUUAUUGAUCGCGUCAUCUUCCCAUCAUCCGGGAAUCUCAUGUCGUAUCUGAACGAUAAUCCUCAGCUAAGUAUGCUCUAUGAAGUCCUAAACUCCAGGAACAUGACCCUCUCCAAUGUGACGCUUUUCGCGCCAAGCAAUGCCGCUCUGCAGUCUCUACCGCCCGGACGACUAGACAAACUACUGAAAAAUAAACAAUGUCUUCAGAAAUUCCUCACGUAUCACGUCCUCCCGGAGCCCCUGUACAGCCCUGUGUUGAGGACUUGCAGAUGGAAGAGUCCGGAAGGCAGCUUUGUGGGAGUUAUGUACGGCGCAGAUAACACGUCACUGGAGGUCAACGAUGCCAUGGUAACCAUAGGUGACGUCAGCACUACCAAUGGUGUUAUCCACGUUAUUGAUAAGCCUCUGAUGCCAUAUGGAGCUAUGGACUUGGUUGAGGCUGUCAAGUCGCUGAAGCUCAACACUCUCGCAAAGCUUUUAGAAGACAGCGGUCUCGCUAAAACACUGGCAACAAUCGACACUUCCUUCACCCUCCUUGCUCCUACGGACAAGGCCUUUAGCGCCGUGCCUGCCGACGUCAUGGCCGACCUGUCACGUGAUGCUGAAAAGCUAAAAAAGGUUUUGACCUACCACGUGAUCGGUAGGCGAGUGUGGACAUAUGAAUUCGGCCGCGACACGUUGGUGGACUCACUGGAGGGCACGAAGCUGCGACUGAACACUUUUAGGCUUGGAAAGCUGCACUCAGUAAAUGGCGCUUGUCUGUCGCGAUCGAACCUAGAAACAUGUAACAGCGUGAUUCACGUGAUCAGCAGUGUGCUCAUCCCAGAGCAGCGGACUCUGUACGACAUCGUGCGCAAUGAACCUCAGUUUACGACACUCGCGCGCAUACUCGAGAAAAGCUCCCUGUCGGAUAUGCUGAAGAACAGCUCCCGCUCAAUAACUUUGUUUGCUCCGACAAAUAAGGCGUUUGAUCGGCUGAGGGAAAGCGACCCAAACCUGGUGCCAUUCCUGGAAUCUAACCCCAAUGAGGUGGACGAAAUGCUCCUUACGCACAUGGUGGAGAGGACCUACUUCAGCUGCAGCCUGCAGUGCAAGAACAGCUACUGGUCGAUAUUUGGGCGCCGCUACUCCGCUCUUUCCAUGAACCGCAGCAUCUUGCGAUUCAAGGCACCAUGGAAUGUCGUCAUGACUGUAAACGGAGUUUCGGUGCGCAAGGUUGACGUCACAGCUGCCAAUGGGGUAUUGCAUGAGCUGGAUACCGCGAUUCCGUGGAGUCCGCUGGGCUACAGGAGGGCUAGGAAAGCUUGGCCGUAAGAUAUGAGGUCUUGGGCUUUUUUGGGGUAAAAGUUACAUAACAGAGAUCUGAUUAGAUUGAGCAUACCACAGAGCAAGAGAAACAAACUGCCGACCAGAAUGCUGUUAGUUUUGACAUUCUUAGAAAGCUUUAGAAAACAAAUCAUUGUAUGAUUUGUAAAAAAAAAAACAUAUAGGAUAAAUCCAGUUAACAAAACAUUAGCAUAGCAUAGAUAAACGUGUAUGACCAGAUAAGUACUCGAUAAGGCCAAACGAAGCUUCACUCAGGGCAGAAUCCAAUGUGUCGAUCGUUGCACAUCUCUCCCCAAAUACGACUGCUGAUUUGAGCCGAACAUACCAUUCCCUAGAAUUGGCCAUUCAAAACCAAUACUUGUUCGGCAAAAUAUACUUUUUUUAUAAGAACCGUUUUUAUAAGAACGUUCAGCCUGAGGUUUCACCAUAUUUUAAAACAUGCUAAGAACAAGCCGAGGCUCAGAAGGCAGAUUUUUUUUCUUUUUUAGUUCUGGUACGUUCUAAAAUGCAGAAUCAAAUUGUGCUCCUAGUAACAACCUUGUUAUUGCUAGUGAUCAUUAGUGUAAUCCUCUUCUUAAUAAUCCAUUGGGUAUUAUAUUCUUAUAUACACUAAAAUUUAAAAACAUCGUAAGAACAAAUUCAGCCUUAGAAUGUCCCGAAAAUAAGAACGGCCCAGCCUCAACUGAAAAUUAGACGUUCUUAUAAUAAAAAGAGUGUACACUAUUACCGGAGACUUGCGAAGCUAUUUUGAAAUAAGUUCAACUUGCUCCCUGAUUGGCUAAUUGGCAAGGAGGGAAAACAAUAGAAAUACAAUGUGCGGCUUAAACCAGCAGUCGUUGUUGGGGAGAUAAAUGAAACGAUCGACACAGUGGCGACUGGUUGGAGUCUACUUUUACGGUGGUGGAACACAAUAUAAAUAGUAAAAUAAUCAACCAAAGUCAA